AUGCAAUGCGUGGCGCGAAUUCUGGACGAUGUGAACGUGAUGAACGUAAGCUUUCAGCGUUGGAUAAUUUAAUAGCUAGCUUGAAAGCUUUUUUCAGUGGUUGUAUCAGCGCAGCCCUGCUUUUAGGAGAAGCUCGUAUGCUAGUGCCCACACCGUCCUACAUUGGAAUGUAUCUGGCUGGCACAGACUUGUCUUGCUGGAUUUUGGGAAUCAAAGGUACCGUGGUGGCCUUUCAGUACAUGGAGGGAGUUGCAUGGGCUGUUUGAAGGCUUAAACCAGUGGGUCUGACUGAUUGGAGGAUGAGCAGUACCGUGCUAAGCGGGAGCAGCCCCGGCUCCAGUGGUGCCAUGGAGACCAGUGAUCUCUUCAAGGAUCUAUGGGGUCGACUCAAAGAGUGUCACGACAGUGCACUGCAAGGUUUGCAAGCCAAAGUGAACAAGCUGAAGAAGGAGCGAUGUUUGGAUGCCCAGAGACUGGAAGAGUUCUACAGCAGACACCAGCUACUGAGGGAGCAGCACAAAUCCCUCCAGGACACCGUUACUGGUCUGGAGGACAGGCUUCGCGCAGGGCUGUGCGAUCGCUGUUCGGUCACAGAGGAGCACAUGAGGAAGAAGCAGGUGGAAUUUGAAAAAGGCCGUCAGCAGAACAUGCGGCUUAUCACAGAACUCAUGACUGAGAGGAACAGCCUUCAGGAUGAGAACAGAAAGCUGAGUCUGGAGCUUGAAAGGCUUAAGAGACCUCUCUCAAAAUCCCCAGAGCCAGAUGAGGGUGUGAUCCCAGACUCUCCUCUGCAGCAGAUCUCCCUUCCUGUGGUCAGCAAAAUGAAGAGGAAGAAGGAGACCAACCACGUCCGUUACGCAGAGAAGCCCCUGUCUCAAUCCCAGAACUCCACCCACAACGAUUUAAAAAAAGGAUUGCUGUCCCAAACCACAGAUUGUCAGGAAAGAAGAAUACUGGUGCCUGAAACAUGUUACUUGGAUGCCAGUCCGACUAAACAGAGCGGCAUCCAGGGUCAGGAAGGUGCAGUGGUGGCGGAGACCUGUGGCCUGGAUCUCCCUGAUGAUCCAGUACCUAAUCCCCAGAUAAAAGAGCCACUCCGGGUCCGCCUCAGCGCCACGACUGAGAAUGGCUCUCCAUCCCUCCUCCCCCGGGUGAAGAUCAGUCCUACCAAUGUCCUGCAGUGCCACCUGGAGGGGAUAGCCCGUAUCGCACCUCUUAGAGUCACCCCCCUUAGUAGCGUCUCUCGUCCUGUCAUUAGUGGGGAGCAGGAAAGAGGGAAGAGGAGGAGGAAGAGCAGCAGAGAGGAAGGGGAGGAAGUGGUGCUAGACAAACCUUUGGACCUGUCAGACACUCCACACAAGGCCCUGGUGCCACCAGUCAUUGCCCAGACCGGUAGUAGAGUCACCGGGGAAGAAAAGUUUGACGGAAGUCAGCAGUCCCACAUUCUGUUUAAGCAGCCAUCCACCCCUCCAAGUGAUGAAGGAUCCAGUAAUGUGUUCAUCAGUCACCAGACCCCCAAUGUCCUCCGGUCGAUCAGAAAGCGGAGCCGGGAGCAGCCUGGGGAUCCAGAACAGAUCUCUGUUCUGCAGGCCAACCCCUGUGCUCGGGUGAAGAGGAGCCCCCCGCAGGACAACAGCGCUGCAUCAACAAGCAAGCCGGUAGCAGCAGAACAAACGUGGAGCUUGGACCCAGAGGCCAUACUGUCUCACUAUGAUAUAGACACGCCUACUAAAGCAGAGCCUAAUGGUGAAGCAGAGACUGUGGAUAUGGACUGCACAUUUGUCAGCCACAGCCUCCUCCUCCGAGGUUCAAAUGGAACCAGCUUCAUUAAAGGUAUUGGCCAGAAGGCCAAUGACAGUAUGGCUGAAAUCUUUGAUAAAUCUGGCUACGGAGAAUACGAGUCUUGUCCUCAGGGUAAUGGAUCACAUCUGACCCAGGAGGAGCAAUAUCAUUACGAGGAGGAGGAGGAGGUGGAAGAAGGGGAGGAAGAACAUGGAUCACACAUCCCUCAACCUGGAACCCCCAAUGAGGAAUGUAGAGACAGUAAAAACCUGCCAUUUGCACAUGUGGAGGUGGUCCGCAAGAAAGCUGAGAGGAGGAAACUCAAGGGGCACACGUGUAAAGAGUGCGAAAUUUACUAUGCCGACCUUCCCGAGGCAGAACGGGUAAAGAAGUUGUCCGCUUGUUCUCGGCACCGCUUCCGUUAUAUCCCUCCAUCAACCCCAGAAAACUUUUGGGAAGUUGGCUUCCCUUCGACACAAACCUGUGUGGACAGAGGUUAUAUUAAAGAAGAUAAUGAUCCAGAGCAGAGGCUCAGGAGGAGACAGCCUUACAAUGCCAUGUUCUCCCCUAAAGGCAAAGAGGAGAAGACCUAACCCAGCAAGGGGAAUUGAAUACCCAUACAAGCACACAGUUCAAUUGUUAAACCUUCCAUGUGCUACAUAGACUUUUACAUUAUCGCAAUCCUAGUUGCCUUGCAAAGGAAUGAGUGUCUUUUGUGGUUUUCUAUACCCAGACACCAGAUUCCUAUCAUUCUGUAAAUCUAGAGUAUUCUUGAAAAUAUGCAGAAUAUACAGCAAAAAUCCAUGCUCAUUUAAAGAUUCAUUGUGAAACUGAUAUGCACUGUUGAACGUUAGUGUCUUUAUUAGGUGUAUUUGUAGAUAAUUGUUGUUGAAGCAGAAAUUGUAAUGAAUAAAUGCAUUAUAAAUGA